AUGUCAAACAAUACUGUCGGCUCGUCGGGGCAUGCUCCCGGCAAAAUACGUGGACCUGGAAGACCUCCAAAACGCACAUGCACUUGGUGUGCUGAAAGUAAAACGCCUUUAAAAUAUGUUUUGCCUACAGAAAAUGGAAAAAAAGAAUUUUGUUCAGAAACGUGUUUGUCAGAAUUUAGACAGGCAUAUAGCAAGGGCGCCUGUCUACAUUGUGAUAAUGUUAUUCGCGGCAAUGCUCCUUCUAGCAGCAAAAACUUUUGUUCGACGUAUUGUCUUAAUAAAUAUCAGAAGAAAAAUGAAAAACGGACAACUUCACCUCAGUCUGGUAAUGGAGCAAAUGGUUCAGAAACUCAUUCUAAUAAUAAUUCCACAGGAUCUUUUUACGAUAUAUAUCAAACCUUUGAUUGGAACGAAUAUAUGAAAGAAACAAAUAGUGUAGCAGCUCCACAAGAUUGUUUUAAGCAAGCUCCUACACCACCAGUGAAUGACUUUAAAGUGAAUAUGAAAUUAGAAGCAUUAGAUCCCCGAAAUCUAACUUCUACUUGCAUAGCUACAGUUGUAGGUGUCCUAGGGCCAAGAUUGAGGCUAAGAUUAGAUGGCAGUGAUAAUAAAAAUGAUUUUUGGAGGCUUGUUGAUGCUGGUGAUAUACAUACAAUUGGUCAUUGUGAAAAAAAUGAUGGAAUGUUGCAGCCACCACUAGGUUUUCGUAUGAAUGCUAGUAGUUGGCCAAUGUUUUUGCUCAAGACAUUAAAUGGAGCUGAAAUGGCUCCAGGAAAAGUCUUCCAAGCAGAGCCACCUACUCCUAAAUCUAAUUUGUUUGUAGUUGGACAAAAAUUAGAAGCAGUUGAUAAGAAAAAUCCCCAGCUUAUAUGUUGUGCUACAGUUGGAGCUGUGAAAAAUGAUCAAAUUCAUGUUACUUUUGAUGGGUGGCGUGGUGCUUUUGAUUAUUGGUGUAGAUAUGAUUCAAGAGAUAUAUUUCCUGUGGGUUGGUGUGCAAGGGCAGGUCAUCCUUUGCAACCACCAGGUCAAAAAAGUGCUAGUGCCCCGUCAAGAUUUAAAUUACGUCCAAGCGGUAUUCCUAAUCCUGCCUUACCAGAAGGAGGAUCUACUGGUACAGGCAAUGCAAAUAGUACAAAUACAAUUACACCUAUAGCAAAUGUUGUAUUGCGUAUCCGAAGCAGUUGUUCUGGAGGUAGUGCAGCAUUACCCACUUCAAUAACAGGGGUUGGGGCUUCAGGAGUUGCAGAGAAUUUGGUUAAAGAGUUAUUAAAUUCUCAUCCUGACCCUCAAAAGUUAACGAGAGCCAUUCUUACCGCAUCUAGUAGCUAUUCUAAUAUAACCAAUGUCCAGGUUUCUUCAGGAAAUAAGAAUUAUUCUGUAAAAGUACCAUUAGAGUUAUCAACAGAAGAAUUAAAGAAUUGGCUGAAAUCAGUAUGUUUAGGAGUUGGAUGCUGCGUUGGAAUGAUAGAAAUUGAUACAGGAGAAGCGGCAGGCCGGCCCUGCACAUUGUGUGGCGAGUCCACAUCUAAUACCGUCACAUCAGCGGCUGUGAAGAGACCUAGUGAAUCCCCACCGACAACACCAACAAACCCAACAGAGCCGAGCGGCAAGAUGGCGCGCGUAUCGCCCGAGCGGCCCGAGCCGGCGUCAUCGACGACGGGCGCGCCCGCGCCGCCGCCGCCCGCCGCGCCGCCCGCCGACUGGUCCGUCGAGGACGUCAUCGGGUUCAUAGCGGCCGCCGAUCAGGCGCUCGCAGCGCACGCCGACCUGUUCAGGAAACAUGAAAUAGACGGGAAGGCUCUAUUAUUAUUAAAUUCAGAUAUGAUGAUGAAAUAUAUGGGCUUGAAACUAGGACCUGCUUUGAAAAUUUGCAAUUUGGUAUCGAAAAUUAAAAAUCGCCGACACUAUAGCACU